UCAGAAUCCUGCGAUUCCAACCAUGUAUGUCAUGUUGAUCGAGAUGUAGUGACAUGUAAAUGUAAGACUGGUUACAGGGGACUACAGUGUAGCGAGGAUAUUAAUGAAUGUACAGAUCUCAGUAUUGACUGUAAUACUGGACAAUGUAUAAAUACACCGGGAUCUUUCAGCUGUCAGUGUCAGAACGACUUCACAGGUGGAUGUCAGAAUGGUCCAGUACCUUGUGAUAAGAACAACUGUAAUCCUCUGAAUACCGCCAACUGUAUUAAUACUGGAACAACUACCUCCAGAUGUGAAUGUAAACCUGGUUUUAAAGGAGCUACAUGUGGUGAGAGUAUCGACAGCUGUGACAGUAAUCCCUGUAUCCACAGUCAGCGCUGUGACAAUCUGGUCAAUGAUUACACAUGUAUCUGUGAAGCAGGCUGGACUGGGCGGAGAUGUGAAACCUUGAUUGACACCUGUAGCUCA